UGUGUUAGUAAAACUGUACAUAUCGCAACUACUUUGUGCAUCCAGGUGGAUUAUACCUGCUAUUUCAUAAACAAUAGAAUUUGUCACUCCCGGAAAACCCAUAAAAUAUUUUCAUUGUACCUCCAUAAAUAAAGUGCAUACAUUACCUAUAUAAAAUAGAUGCACACCCAUCUCUUAAAACCAACACUGUUAAAACAAAACACCCAAUAUAACACCCUCGUAAAGAAUGCUGGCAAUAUGACAAACAUAAUAAACAAAUUAGAAUUAGAUCACUGAAUUCUAUUCUUCGCCAACAGCUUUUUUUUUUUUUGCAGGUAUUUCCCAUGAUUACUUCAACAAAAUCCUCUUCCGUUGCAAUUUUAUUUCAUGCCUCUGAUCCUCUGCUGAAUUGUUUAUGAAACUGCAAUGACUACUACAUGGAAAAAAAUGUUUGCUCUGGCUGUCACACUGUAUACCGUCUUCCUGUUAAGCUUUACAGUGCGUCACUACACAAAGAGCUCCGAUGUAGUCCCAUAUUUCAGCAAUCCCACUGUACAUUAUAAGAAAAAAAUUGUAUCAAUUCCCGGCUACUCAUUAGAGGAUGAAAUUCAAGCUUCUCUCAUUUUCAAAAACAUUGCUGUCUUGAUUCCUUCCAUCACAUUCACCCACAAGGACCACACAACCAGUGCUAAGAAGAGCAGAGCCACCAUACUGAACCCCAGAAAAAAGUAUUGUGUUGGAGAGACAAUAAUUGUCCAUAUUGAGAUGUUUGACCAUUUGGGUAACAGGAAAACAUAUGGAGGAGACUUCAUAAGAGCUAGGAUCUUUUCUCCAGAUCUUAAAGCUGCGGCUUCUGGAAGAAUUGAAGAUUUUGAUGAUGGAACCUAUCAUGCCCAUUUCACUUUAUUUUGGGAAGGAAAGGUUUUCUUCUCAUUGGUCCUCUACCAUCCAAGUGAGGCUGUCUCAGCAUUGUGGAGAGCGAGGAAUCGGAGCUAUGGCCUCAUUUACUUCAUGGGGACUUUUACAAAUGGGACUCAUCAAGUGAAGUCUGAAUGUGGAUUCCAACUAAAUACAAAGAAGGAAAUAUGUGAAUAUAGAAAGGAAGAAUACAAUGAGAUAUUUUACUGCGCUAAGCCAGAAUCUUUCCAUUGUGAGUCAUUAACAUACCUCCAAGAUUUCAACAGUGAUCUCUCCUUUCUAAGCACACUUGAGAAAUCUCUUUUGGACAGGGAAAAUAUUGCUAUUGAAAUCCACAAAAACUUUGAAUCCAUUGAUGUGUAUUCUUGUACAGAAUUACCUCCCAUGUCUCUAGAACAAUGCAAGAUUGGGAUGGAACCUCCAUUUGCCAGCGGAUUUGUGUUACAGAAUAAAUGGAGACCUGCGUUCUGUCGCCUCGCCAAUUUCACACUCCAUGAACAAAUGUACACCUGUUUUAAAGACAAAAUGAUAUAUCUCAUCGGUGACUCUACUGUACAUCAAUGGUAUCUUUAUUUAGAAAAAACAUUUAAAGGACUGAAACAUUUUGAUCUGCAUCGAACAGGAUUGGCGUCUAUGGCGUUAUCAGUCGAUCUGCAGAGGAACAUCAGGCUACAGUGGAAAAAGCACAGCCAUCCAGUUGUUGCAGUGAAUCAAUCUUACUUUGUAAAAGACGACCACUACGUAAGUGAGCAAAUAGACCAGCUGCAUGGAGGUCCACACUAUGUGAUCGUUAUCUGUCUGGGACAAAACUUCAGACCUUUCCCCAUCCAUCUCUUCAUCAGAAGAGUAAUUAAUGUGCGCAAGGCAUUGGAACGUCUCUUCUUACGGAGUCCAGACGUCAAGGUUAUUAUUAAAACAGAGAACACCAGAGAGACAAACUUAGAUGCCGAGAGAUUCAGUGACUUCCAUGGCUAUAUUCAGUAUCUCAUAGUAAAGGACAUCUUCAGGGAUCUUCAUGUUGGUGUGAUCGAUGCUUGGGACAUGACCACAGCGUACAAUACAAAUAACGUUCAUCCUCCAGAAAAUGUUGUCCAAGACCAAAUAUAUAUGUUUUUAACAUAUAUCUGCUAGUUUAAAGGUAGUUGUUGACUGAGGUAAUAAAAACAGCAGAAAGAGAA